AUGUGGUUCCUCCUACUCCUCCUUCUGCCAGGAGUAAGGUUGCAGGAAGACGAUUCUCCUCAAAAGGACAACCCCUACAGACUUCCAUAUAAUUCUGUCCAGUUCGUAGAACACACGGCUUCUAAAAAAGGUCCAAUAUUAUUUCCAAACGACGCACCACCUCCCCCUCCGACACCGUUGAUAGUGACAUCAAGACCCCUCAUCGAGUCCAUAGCUCGCAGCGAACUGAACCCUAACAACAGCAUAGCGGCCCAGUCUCAGUACCACCAGGUCCAAUUCCGACCUGAUUACCUCGCCAGGUCUAGGACUUACAAGCCGUAUGCCUACGGUGGACCUUCGACACCUGUGUAUGACUACAGACCCCCAAAUCUUGGAUAUAUCGUAACUACAGUCAGACCAGACAAGGAUAAUUACUACAAAGAAUAUGAGAGGGUGAGGGGGGCCAAAGAAAAUAUGGCUGGAUUGUGUGAGAAGCGAUAUGGAAGACAGAGGAAAAAUAACAAAAAAGGAAUAAAUAGAAAUUCUGAAAGAACUCAAGCAAAAUCUUUGCUUAGUAUAGAGAAAUUCAAUCAAAAUGUCAGAGAAAUAUUUAACACUCCGUCUAAAAAUCAAGGAAAACAUAGGAAUCGCAGAUUGAAUGAACCAUUUAGUCAAGAAUUUUUAAGUAGUAGCCAAGAAAAGUCACCUGAUGCCAAUCUAUACUACUCAACUAGUUCACGUACGAAAACUGAGCAAAGUACAGAAGGUCGUCCAAAUAAUCGUCCAUCAGUUAAAUUUCGGAAGUUAGAAAAUAUACAAAAGCAUACAUCAGAUACUAAUCAAGCUUACAAUGAUGAAGUUAGGGCACGUGGACAGAGUAAUUUACGUAAAACUAACAAACAAUUAAGAAGUGGAGAAUGGGAAAGAUACAGUGAAGAUGAAGCUAAUUUACUUAAAAGAAGACCCACACAAAAAGAUCAGAAUGAUCAGUACAUUGAUAAAGAAGUGAAUCCACCGCCGCUGGAUGAUGACUUGACAGACUUUUUUAGCAACAAACCAAAUGAAAUAGUCAAAGACAACAAAGCCGGCAAAACUGUUGAUAAGGACGUAAAUUUAAAAUACCCACAGGAAGAAAAACAUCAUCAGAAAACAGUUUUGAAAAAAAGAGGAAACGACAAAAAGUAUGGAAACGACAUUUAUCAAGAUCAAGAACAUAAUAGUCCUACUCCUAAAGUGGCCAAUAAUAAGUACCAGGGUGAAUCUCCUGAAAUACUUAAUUAUGAUGGCGGACGAGAAAACAGCAAGGAAUAUAAUCAUGGUGAUAACUACGCCUUCUCCUACACAGUAAAAGACCACAAAACUGGAGAUGACUUCUCACAUUCCCAACAAAGCACAGGAUCAGCCACAAAUGGAGAAUAUAGGGUUCGACUUCCAGAUGGACGGAUGCAAAUAGUUUCUUACACUGCAGAUGAGAACGGCUAUAAGGCUAAAGUGAGAUAUGAUGAACAUACUGGAGCUGAUAACAGUAUAGAUGUGAAUGUUAAUAAAGGAAAUGCGUAUCGUCCUCCAACACCAAUCACUUUCAAACCUAUUGACCACAUUUACAAUGAUAAUCUAGAUUCCUUUGAGAAUGAUGAUUAUGUACGCCAAAGAUUCAACGAACAAAAAAUACUAAAAACUCCCCUCCCCGUUCAGCAACCCGUAUCGUCAUACAACACUAUCCCACAAAAUUUGUACGGACCAAACCAAAAUAAUUUCCAAAUUCACAAUGAUCUUAGAAGUAAACACGUUUUAGAUACAACUAAAUAUCUCAACAAAGAUCGUGUAGAUGAUUUAACAGAUACAAACAAUGAAUUCCUUAAACAUUACCAUGAGAAAUUUGAUGGAAAUAAUAAAUUACACAGAAAUAAAGGUGACGACUAUAAAUUUUCUCAAGAAAUAUCGGAUUAUUCGUCAGAAUUGGGACAUAGUAAUCAGCAUCAUAACAGUAAAUUUGCAGACUUUUAUGAUAAUAAUGAAGGCGAAGCUAACGGUAAAGUGACACCCACUUACGAUGAAUUGAAACAACUUUUUGGUCUCGACAGUAAUAGUCAACAAAAUUCUGUGUCUACAGUUCGGCCUUAUGAUGAGGUAGUACGGCGCGUAGCGUUCCGCGUGCGCCUCAAAGAGCCAAUAGACCACAACAGAUGGGGCCCUAUAGGGCUGACGUUCAACCGUGGUUGCGGGGUAAGCGCAAUGAGGCACCACGGGCUCGGCCCAGAGCAGGAGAAGGAACAGGGGGGUUUUUAG